CGACAAGGUGAUUGCACCGAAUAUGUGGCAUUGCGGUGCCUCUCGCUGAGCUCCGUCCAUAGGGCCUGGGGGCCUAGUCAUCUAGCGAGGAGACGCAACGCCGGCUGAUGCUGCAGGUUGACGUCCGUAGAUGCGUUCUUGCUUCAUUCGCUCCGCCGUCAAUGGACGAGGGAUCUGCCAGGUGGAACGUCGCGGAGAGUUCUGAACAUGGUCUUCCGCAAUCCCCUCUCCACGAAUCGCCAUCGUCGACCGCUCCCGACGAUUGGGCCAGUGGAGCGAGCACCAUGGACACCCGUUUCGCUCUCCGCCAUCUCCCGUCUAUCCUCGCACAUCCCUCCGCCUGAACCGUGCCCCGAUGCUGUGCCCGCGUAUCGGCGCGCUGCGGUGCUCAUGGGCUUGUUUCAAGGCAGGAACGGAGACAUAUACAUCAUCCUAAGCCAGCGUGCAACAGGUAUGCGCAGCCAUGCCGGCGACACUGCCUUACCCGGCGGGAGAUUUGAAGCGAAUGACCCAAGCUUAGAAGCGACUGCGAGAAGGGAGGCAUGGGAAGAGUGCGGGCUCCCAAUAGACACAUCUCGCGUCCAAAAACUCUGCGAGUUACGGUCAUUCUUGUCUGCUAAUGAGCUAGUCGUGACGCCGGUGGUUGUCUUGAUCACAGAUCCGACAAUACAGCCGCGUCUCAAUCCACAGGAAGUCUCCUCCGUCUUCUCCCUCCCCUUAGCCUGCUUCUUGCAGCACAAUCCAACACCCUCGAUGCGCGCAUAUUUGCGCCUCCCACCCAAACCGUCAAAUGAGGACCUCGCUCGAAUGCCAAGCACCAUGGCGAGCGGGAUAUCGGACUGGCAUACUUGUAGAGACGCACUUUGGCUCGGCCGACGAUACCGCAGGCAUACAUUUUGGGACACACGUAAUCCAGUCAUGGGUCUCACGAGCGACAUUCUCAUCCACGCUGCCAUGCUCGCGUACGACCAAGAGCCAGACUACGUCCGUCUGGCGCUAGGGCAGCCUAGUACGGACGAGCUGAUCCUCUCCGCCUUCACUGGACCAUUGGCUACGCGCAAGCGCCGAGUCCGGCCACGCUUCAGCAUGCUGCCACAGCCUAUCGAUGAGAGCGAGACGCUGGGUGAAGGCCGCGACAGCAAUGUCGAUUCCAGAGCUGUAGACGCUUCGGAAGACGCUGUGAAUGAGUCCUCGUUACGAGAUAGCAAGCUUUGAAUUCCAGCUUGCUUCGAAAUGCGGAAUGAAGAGUCCGUUGUUUGAUUAUGCAUGAAAGCUCACGAUUUCAUGAGUUGGGGUUAGAGCACACUAUCUGCUCGCCUGAGGGAGCACACCAGCAUGGACAAAUUCCAGUUCGAGUGCUUGCACCUCUUCCACGCAUUCUCCUGCCUGGGUUCGCGAUACUGUAUCAACCUCGAUUUGCUGAACGUACGCACACACCGUCUUGAUGCGCGGUAACAAGCUUUGGUCAAGCAGGAUGG